UUACAGCAUCACAUCAUCCCAAAUAUACAUUUCUCCUUCAAGAUUUUUCUUCAUUCCACUUCUACUCAGAACACCAUGCUAUCUCUAAACCAACCAAAACCACCACCACAACUCCUCCACCAAACGCUAACCUCCUCUUUCCUUACCCCUCAGCCACUCCACUUGUCUAUCUUCGGGAUCCAGAAACACCGGUCUAAAUCCAUUAUCACUGUAAGAGCAUCACGACGACCGCCUCCACCACCAAGUCAACAAAAUCAAAGCCUCUAUCAACCAUUCCGUCCACCACCAGCGCAAGUUCCAGCUCAAUACCGUGAUCUAGACCUCGAAGCUCGUCUGGCAAUCCUUCGAGACCGUCUUGGCGUCUGGUAUGAAUAUGCUACUCUAAUCCCACCACUAUUUCAACAAGGAUUCACACCUUCCUCCAUUGAAGAGGCAACUGGGAUCACUGGGGUGGAACAGAACCGGUUAGUUGUGGCUGCAAAAGUUCGAGAUUCAUUUUCUCAAACAGAGCUCGAACCUCAAGCCCUUGCCUUCUUCGAUAAUGGUGGUGCUGAAAUACUCUACGAAAUCCGCCUUCUCUCUGCCGCGCAAAGAGUCGCUUCUGCCCGGUAUAUUAUCGAGAAACGGUUUGAUGCCCGGAAGACUCAAGAACUUGCCAAGGCAAUUAAGGAUUUCCCAAGAAGGCAAAGUGAUAAAGGCUGGGAAAACUUCAAUUACUUAUACCCAGGUGAUUGUCUCGCUUUUUAUUUCUAUAGACAAAGUAGAGAACAUAAGAAUCCAUCUGAUCAAAGAACCAUAAAUCUUGAGAAAGCAUUAGAAAUGGCUGAAACAGACAAGGCAAAAAAGAGAAUUUUAGAUGAAUUAAACAUAAAAUCAGGUGAUGAGAUGGAGGAAAUCGAAAUUAAGAUUAAGGUUCCAGUAGUGAGGAUGAAAAUGGGAGAGCUUUCAGAAUCAUCAAAGGUCGUAAUGUUGCCAGUUUGUAAAGCGGAAGAUGGUGAGAUACCAGUGAUGGAAGCACCUGAAGAGUGUAAAAGUGAAGGGGAGUUUGGAGUGUUGAAUGCAGAGAAAGGAUGGAAGAGAUGGGUAGUAUUGCCUGGUUGGGAUCCAAUGGUGAAGCUAGGGAAAGGGGUCGUGGUUGAAUUUUUGGAUGCUAGAGUUUUGCCAUGGAAGGUUAAUAGAUGGUACAAAGAAGAACCUAUUUUGGUUGUGGUUGAUAGGAACAGGAAGGAAGUUGUAGCUGAAGAUGGGUUUUUCUUAAUCUCGAAUUCGAAACAAGGUGAUAAUGGUUUUAAGGUGGAGAGAGGUUCAACUUUGAUUGAUUUAGGAGUAAAGGAAUGUUUGGGUAGUGUAGUUUUGGUUGUUAGGCCUCCUAAGGAAGAAAAUGAGGAUCAAUUAGCUGAUGAAGAUUGGGAAUGAGAGUUUGUUUGAGGAACAAAUAAGGUUUUUUUUUUUCUUUCUCAUUUGUAGGUUUGGUUUUUGAGUUGAAUGAGGGUGCUUACUGAUAGUUGGAUACUGUGUUUUUCAGUAAGGGUAAGCAUCAUGUGCUGAUCAAAGAUUUUGUUGUUCUUUUGUCACUGCGAAACUCGGUUUUCAUCUAAACUAUUUUGCAGUGCAUUCAUGGCUAAAAUAGGUUGCAACGACUUAUGAAUGUUUUAAGAAUGAAUCAAAUGCACCAAUUGCCAAGAAAAUGUUGAAUUUUUUUUAUAGGGACCGGUGAGCAUUUUAUGAAUUCUGGUGGUGCGUCCUACCGUUGAGCAGCUGUAAGAGUGAAUCCGCCUUAGUUAACGUAUUAGCUGCCUGAUUAAAUGUAUGAGGGACAUAUUUACAACUUGGAAACCUAGAAAACAUUAUACGUAUUACAUUGUUCUAA